AUGUCAGGCCGACUGGUGGUGGUGAGCUCCGCUAGCGCUGCCGCCCCCUCUUUUUCCAACCACAACAGCUAUUCUGACGCGUGCUACUUUAUCGUCAUAGAGUCCCCAACAAGGUGCGAUGCUGGCGUGUAUCAGGGGGAGGCCACUCCGCCAGUAGGCAGGAAGCUGAAUCUAGCGGAGGGUAAUGUGCCCGAGGAGGAAGUGAACAAUUGCACCUUUACGAACGGUUCCUCGCAGGAUGCUAGGGAUGAGGUUGGAGUCGUUGUUAUUACUGUGGAUACCGUCUCUGGUCAGCUUCUGCACACGGGUGUUCCACAGAAGGAUCUGUUUGCCUCAAUGUCGGACGCCAUGCAGGCAAUCUCGACGUUGUGCUCUUCCACUGCUUCCGCAUGCGAGGUGCACACUGUGUGUGAGUUUGCUGCCUUCGCCGGUGGGUGUCUUACUGAGGAAACCAUAAAUUUGCUCUUUAUUGAGUCGACUACGCUACUGAUGAGGAGCAGUGGUGCGACUUGCAAUUCUCAUUGCGUAGCUGACGAGUUUAACCCAUCAUUUGCCUUGCCGCUGAGCAACUGCAUUCCACCACUUUUCUCUGUUGACAAGGCACAAUGGUUCAAUAUUCCGCUGCGAGUUUCGGUACCGGCUCUGCAGCAGCCUCUCACAAGCAACGGAGUGCAUCCUUGGAAGCUCGGUAGUCGUAGUUCAACAUCCUGUGGCGUCUCGUCUAGCGUGUUGGGUGGCGCUAUGAUGCCGCCCUACCUCUACUUUUCACCAGUUGUGGAUGUGACACAUUGUUGCGUCUUUAGGAAUGCCGUGAUGCGUUCGGUGGCCUCCUAUAAGGCGGGUAGUGGCAGCAAUCCUUCACGGGCUGCCAGUGUUGGUCGGAAUGACAACCCUGUUUCAGCCCCUCUGUGCAUAACUGAACUUUUUCCACCACUUCCCACGCAAAUGGGCCGUGAUGCUCUAGGCCACUGUGAUUGUCUCUGGAACGAGGAGCUUAUUCGCUUCUGUGACGUGUUUGGUCUGGGGGAGUGGUGUUGUCGUUUGGCGCUUGGUUCAUGCACCACCGUCCCUUUGCCGUAUUCAGAUGCUGCCCCUUCUCUUGCCCUUCUCGUUGUUCGUCUGAGUCGUCUGGCAUUUCCGGGGUGCUGCUACGAAUAUACGAUAUCGUCUGCGAAGGUGCAGUUAGACCACUAUGUAUCAACGCUUGAGACGGAGUUUCAACUGAUUACCCUACGUGAGCCGUUGAGGCGUCAGUGCGAUGGAAAGGGAACGGAGUCUACUCGUUCAUUUACCUGGCGUCGGGGCACAGAUUUUGCCGGUCACAAGAACAUUCUGGAGCAGAAGGAGCGGUUCAAGGCCUACACAGAGCUAUUUGUGGAUCCGCUGCCUCCACGCGAGGAUCAAGUGAGAGGCCUUUUCUCUGCAUAUCUGGAGCGAUACGGACCGGGGACGAAAAUUUAUUUGGCGCACGCGGGGAGUGUGAUGUUGCAGGGGGUCACCUUAGCACGAGACGCGGAUCAGGACUUGAGUGGCUCCCAAAGAUGCAAUUCCCCCACAACAGGGGUAAAAUCGCCCAUGAAGAAACGACGCAUGAGCCCUUUGGCCUCGCCAGGGAGGCAAGGUAAAUCGUUUGUAUCGCACUUUGGGGCUGCCGUGUUGGGGCACCGAGGUGAGGUAGGCGCUGGUGCGGUAAAUUCGACUCCUGUGAACGCGAGACUACAAUCCAUUCUUCAAUCACUUGCUGGACAUGUCAAAGCGCAUGGACUCCGUCCUACGGUUGCUCUCGGAGCGUUAUGGCCCCCUACGCCCCCCUCCUCUUCCUGCGUUGCGGCUACGCCAGCGGGCACGGUAUCAGUGAAUGAGGAAAAAUUCUUGCAAGCCUUUUGGGGAAGGGAGUUUCCUGACGUUACUCAAGAGAAGACGUCAGAUCAUGAGGUGCCGCGCGUGUGCGUGAGUGACGGGACCCAAGUAAGCACUAUUGCAUCCAUUAUUCUCUCGCUUGCUUGGAUGCUGAGCUGGUUGUGUGGCGAAGUUGCUGCGGGGAGGGAUGCGGUUCAAUUUUUGCUUCAGUCUGAGGAUUGGGUGGAGGAUGUAAUCCGUGUGUUGGGCAACUCCGCGGCUGCUACGCCUGGCCUUCGCACGGUUUUAGUAAAUCAACAGGCGGUGAAUCGGGCAAAGCGUUGUCUUCUCGAAAUUUGUGUAGGAGCCCCAGUUGCGUUCAGCCCAGUCGUGUGGGCGACAGCGCAGUACAUUGAGCAGCUGUCUCAUUGCGUCACGGACCACGUUUCUGUGCCCGGUGGCAAAGAGGAGCCCAAGGAUCGUCAGUGCACAGGAAUCGCAAGCAGGACAAUGCACGCGUUUCUAAAGAAGUUAUUUCUUUCGGAGGGCGAGUUUUAUCCCAGCGAACUUGUGCGACACCGGAUCGUGCUUCUCUCACAUCCAUCGCGGCUUUCCUCUAUCAUCAACGUUCAAAUGCUGGUUUUGCCUUCGAAGGUGCAGGACUCCGCGGUGUCGUCGGAUGGGGCAGAGACUGCCUCUACUGGACCCCGGGAGAGGCUGUUCCCAUUUACCCCCAUGCGUCAUUUGUAUCCUCCCACCUCAUGCGAGGAGAUGCUGUCUACUGUGUCGUCCUCGGAUGAGGGACCCACACCGACGCGAAGUAUGUUGCACGGACUUCUGCACCCUUUCUCUCAACCCCUUCGUAUGCCGUCCUGCUUUGAAGUGGUGGAGUUUACUAUUGCUUUACCUUCCCUUUCAUACGUCACGCAUCUGGCCUUGCUGGUGGCAAACGCAGUUCAGAUGGCACCGUAUGCUGCGGUGCUCUCUCUUUCCCUUUCGACCUCCUGCUACCUGGGUCAGGCACAUGAGAGGGUUGUCUUGGAAGAUGCUUCGCUCCCACUUUCUGUUAACAGUCGAUCAUGGAAGGGCCGGCAAACGUCCCCGCAGUUAAUUUUCUUUGAGUUGUGCCGCCCUUCCCACGACAAGGUUCCCUUCUCCACUCUGGAAGAGGUAGACGCUGGCGUUGGUGUGUCUGGGCGCAGCUUCAAUCAAGCUAUACCGGUUGUCGCGCGUUACCUGCGUCUCUCGCUUCGCGGUUCAGGCUGCCAUCCGAUGGCGCUGCCACCCAUUUUGGUCUUUGGUGAGCCUCUGGAUUUCAUUCCGUGCGAAGAGCUGGACGCCGUCGUCGGCCGCCACACAACGUUGCGCCGCGUGCUUUGCGCGGUACGGUCCUCCUCUACAUGGGGGUUUGAAAACAACCUGCCAGUUGCGUUUACCAGAGCGACGCCGCCUCACUCUCUCGUGACGGCUGCAGCUAAAGCUGCUCUGGGUGAUCCUUGCGAAGCUGAGAGAGCAAACAGCCGUCCUGACGCGGAUCGGGCGAAGGAGGAUGAGCUUGCAAGAGCACCGCGCGCACACGGUCAACAGCAGCUUGCCACGUGCGUGGCGGCGCGGGGGCGGCAGGAGAUGUACCUGCAGAAGGUUAUCGGCGUUAUUCCUGCAGAUCUUUUUGAAUUGCGCUUCGACGUGACUGUGGCGAUGGAGGCGAAGCGGCUUCAGUGCCACGUGCGCCGCUGCUACCGGGAUCUGAGUCUGUAUCGCAUGGGCGUCCCGCGCUGGGUCAUGAAUCCAGCAUACCAGGUCUUCCCGCACUCCGCAUUCCACCGCUCCCAACUUCCAGAGGAGGCAGGGGACGUGGAAUUUAUCAAGCGCCGACAGAGGGCCCCGAACGGGGACUCUCGCGCUGGUGCUUGUGGCAGCGUCGAAGAAAAGAAAACAGCUAGUGUGAAACACAAGGAGAAAAAACGAUGCUUUCUUUGUCCUCGUCAGUUUUCGUGGUUUUCAGGCGCCAAGGAGUGCGACCGCUGUCGACGCCAUGUGUGUGAAAAAUGUCUUGCAACGAAUCCUGUGCGUUUGCCUGAGCUUGGUAUUUAUGAUCGCAGUGCAUGGGUGUGCCUGGCGUGUUUUGAGAAAGUUAUGCGGCUUGAGGAUAUUCUGAAGGCUUUUACCUGGAGCGAGCGUCUUGGUGAAGUGGAGAGUGACGUGGAAAUGGACGAAGCAAUCGAUUUCUACGCACGCUGCACAACACCCCAGCUGGCGUCUAUCCUUGCCCUGUGCCCCACUCCUACGCAUAGCAGGUACUUGUAUGCAGGCUGCUUACAGGCGUCUGUUAAACAGCCCUAUCAGCUGACAAUGUACCCACUGACACGUGUGGUGAAUGCGCCUGGGAUGGACGAUGCCAAUAGACCGCUCUUCGAAGAGGUGCUCGGUAUCAUGGGAAUUGACCAGACUGUUUCUGUCGGAUGGCGCUGCGUCACCGACGAGGAAUGGUCAGCGUCCAUUACACGCGUCAGCCGGCACGUGAUUCUUCUCCUUCCUCAUGUAGCUGUGGUGUCGCAUGGAGUACUACGAUGCAUGUUGUUGGGGAAACUCCGUGGAAGCAUUGAGGUUCAGCUGCACUUGGGGAAUUCCUUGCAUGCCCUUGAGUCCCUGCUUAUAGCGCAUAUCGGCAACCCCGCGGUGUCUCUCGACGAGGCUGGUGAAAACCCUCUGAGGGAGGUGUUGCUGCAGCGCGAGGCAUUUACCCCACCUCGGGACGUAAGGGCGGAGUUGGCAAUUCCAACAGCAACACCGCCCACGAAUAUGACGUCAACGAGUACUGCCGUUGCGACUUCAUCUGCAAGCAGUACAAUGGCUCAGCUUGCCGCCCUCUUUUUUAUUGGAUCCGUCAGUGAUCUUUUGCUUCUGCAAGUGGAACAUUUUUCCCUCUGGGGUCGAUUCACUUCCGAUCCGCCACACGUAAACGCGUCGUACUACAUGUGUAGACCGGAUUAUUCUCGUUACGGCGCGUCUUCGUCGAAUAUGAUGUGCGGCACGAGUGGUGUGUUGGGUAUUGCCUCGCUUCCCCGCAUGCUUCCCAUGACACGUCUUGUCCCGCAGCGCAACGUUUUUUCACACAACGGCUGUGAACAGCUUUUGGUGGAGUUUGACUUUGGUGUUCCUGUGACCAUCUGCGGCUUCACUCUGGAACUGCACCAUCCCGCGUUGAUGACGGCGAUGCACGAAGGCAUCGCGACGGCACUGCGCCUCAUUGGCGUCACAGCCUCGGGCUACCGCGGCAACAUGGGCGUAUUCCAGCUGCCGUGGCCUCCCCUCCUUUCAUUCUCACCGGCUGCGUCCUUGUCAUCUGAGGGAAGUUUCCUUGACAUUGCUUCAUACGCGUACAGUCUGCCGUCGACUGCCUAUGGUGUCGUCUCGGUGCUUGCCGAGGUGGUUGAGUGGCGGCUCGCUCUUCAUGCCGUGGGUAAAGCGAACGUGAGGAGGAACAGGAGGCGUCGCAGCGGCGAGGCGAUGGAGACAACCCCCAAGCCUGAAGUUUCCUCCCGACGCAAGAUUUAUCUGGGGCGGAUGCAGUUCUGGACAAGCGCCAAUGCGAAAACGCAGCGCAUGGUGAGAAGCCACACGUAUACCUCCAUUCAUACCGCAUUUGGUGACACGCAGUGA